AUGACCAGUCGAAACGCCCAGACGAGCGGAACUCAGCAUUCCCAUCCAUCAUCUGCACGUCUAUUCUCUCUUUCUGAGGCAUCGGCCUUAGACUCCUUCAGAACUGUCUGCUCCCAGCAGGUUAGACCAGAGGAUUACCCUUUGGCCACAUCCAUAGAGCAGAACAUUCCAGUGUACCACCUUCCGCAGUAUUCCAGUCUCGACGAAGAUCAGCGGAGUGCCCUCCAAGACGAGUGGUACCGCAUCCUCAUCUCAGGUCCCGGAGUAUUCGUUACUAAAAACCUCUUCCACGACAGAGGCCUGAUUGAGGCCGUGAACGCCGCGUUCGCCUCUAUAAUAGAGGAGGAGAAAAAGUCUGGCUCGGCAAAAGGCGACCAUUUUGCCAGUGCUGGUAAAAACGAUCGGAUCUGGAACUCUUUCAGCAAGCAUGGCCUUACAGACCCCGAGUCAUUCGUCAAAUAUUAUUCGAACCCAUAUCUCGGCCUGAUAUCUAGCGCAUGGUUGGGGCCGGGCUAUCGCAUUACCGCGCAGGUUAACAACACGAAGCCGGGAGCCACGCCGCAAGUUUGCCACCGAGAUUAUCAUGUUGGCUUCCAGACGGCCGAAGCUUCAUCGCGGAUUCCCCGCGCGAUGCAGAUUGCCAGUCAAUUGUUGACGCUACAGGGUGCUGUUGCCCACUCGGAUGUUCCGAUCGAGAGCGGACCAACGCGUCUGCUGCCUUUCAGCCAAACAUUUGAGCCCGGAUAUAUGGCCUAUCGUCGACCGGAAUUCAACGAGUACUUCUUGAAGAACUAUGUCGCUUUACCCUUGGAGUUGGGUGACGGACUCUUCUUCAACCCUGCGCUUUUUCAUGCCGCGGGAGAGAACAAGUCUGACAAUGUUUAUCGGAUGGCAAACCUUCUUCAAAUCAGUAGUGCUUUUGGCAAGCCGAUGGAGUCGGUUGAUGCGGUGCCAUUAGUAGAGACGACAUGGGACCACGUUUUGAAAGCCUACGAAGAACAGGGUAUGAGCGAUGAGAUCAAGUCCUUUUUGGCUGCGGUUGGUAACGGAUACCCUUUUCCCACCAAUCUUGACAACAACCCACCGAGAAAUGAGGGCAUGGCGCCAGAGUCGGAACAAGACAAUAUUACCAAGAGCCUUAUCGAAAAAAGGAGUAAACAAGAGGCUGUAGCCGCACUAGAGAAGCUUGUAUCUAAAUCAAGGGCUUAA